AUGCUGUGGUUUACUGCACUAAGGUGCGAGCAUGUGAUCAAGGGAAAGCGCACUGAACCUCCUCUCACCGCUGAGGAAGAGAAGGAUUUCACUGCGGCAGAUAAUUUGUUCAGGCUUGCUCUCAUCAGUAUUCUCGCUGAGAGCAUGGUUCCUGCGCACAUGGACUUGCCUUCGGGUAAGGAAAUGUGGGAUGCACUUGAGGCCAAGUUCGGGGUAACCGGUGCCGGCAACGUGUUGUAUAAGAUGGAGCAGUUCUAUGACUACAAGAUGAUCGAUGACCGUUCUGUGGUAGAACAAGCUCAUGAAUUACAGAUGCUGGCAAAGGAACUCAAGAACAUGGAGUGUGAUCUCCCUAACCAGUUUGUGGCCGGCGGUAUCAUCGCUAAGCUGCCACCUGCUUGGUCGGGCUUUGCCACUUCUCUAAAGCACAGGAGGCAGGAGUUCAGUGUGACUGAUCUCAUUGCCAUCCUUGGUGUUGAGGAGAAUGCGAGGGCAAAGGACACACGGGCCAAGAAAGUAGCACAUGAGGGGGCUUCUAGCGCCAAUAUGGUGCAGAAGAAGAAUACUCAUGCAGCCCACAAGAAAAAGAAAGGCAAGGAUGCCGUCAAGCCCAAAGCUGCCAGCUUCAAGAAGAAAAACAAAGAAAAGAGUGUUUGCUUUGUCUGCGGUGCCACUGAUCACUGGGCAAAAGAGUGCCCUGACUGCAAAGACAAGCAAAACAAGAAAGUCAACAUGAUUGUGAGCGAGGCUAGAGGACCUGGGUAUGGUAAUUAUUUACCUACAAUUCUUUCAGUCAGUCUCUCACCAGAGUGGUGGGUUGACACGGGAGCUAAUAUUCAUGUAUGUGCUGACAUCUCUUUGUUUUCAUCCUACCAGAUCGGUCGAGGUUCCUCCCAAUUGAUGGAAAACGGUACGCAUGCUGUUGUUCAUGGUGUUGCUACGGUCAAUCUGAAGUUCACUUCGAAAAAGAUCGUGUAG